AGGAGUUGUUGGGACGGAGGCCUCGUCAGAUGAGCCCCCCUCUAUCCGGGGCCCCGCGCUGGUCUUUUGUUUCUCCCGUUUUCUGAUUGAUGGAGCGACAAGGUGAUGCGCCUUCUAAUGAUAGCAUGCAGGUAAGAACGAGUACAGUCGGGGGAUCGCGCGGCCUUUGUCUGGUGAGACCAGUGGGAGAGACGAGAGAGAGUUCGGAGCGUGCCACGCUUUCUCUCCACCGCUACAGUGGGCACAUAGCCCUGUGCUUCCAUUUUUGAAACUUGGAUCCGGAAUCGUUGCAACAGACCCGGACAUGCCUUGUGAGGAAAAUAAAGAAAACAUGAUGGAGUUCAACUUGUCCAACAUCCACCAGCGAAUCGACUGCACGCUGCGGCAGCUGCAAUCUCAGCAUCAGCACGUCGACGACGUCCUGGGGGACAUCAAGUACCUGAAGACGCUGUCCAUCGAAGUCCUGAUGGUCGUCAACGACUUGUACCAGUACCCGAGGAUUAAGUCCCUGAAGGAGCUCAAGAACAUCCGCGACCGGACGACGCAUGACAUCUCCUCGGGGGACCCCGGCGUGGACAACCGAAGGAAGGGGCUGGACUCCCUCGGCGUCCUGAACAGGCUGAACGACUUCAUCACCAAGAUGGACAAGUACAUCGCGGUGCUGCAGGAGAUGUACAUGGGGUUCACCCAGAAGGUGUUGGUCCCCCUGCAGACGUUUUGCUCUGGACACCAGCCGUACAUCGGCCGGGAGGACGUCUCCCUUCAGCGGAUCGAGUCCGAAAUUCUCGACCUCAUGAGCAAGAUCAAGGUCCUUCUGUGGAGCCCCGAAGUGGAGGACUACUACUUCAGUAACGAGCUGUUCUCUCAGACUGUGGCGGACGAGGUAGACUGCACAACCUGCCCGCUGCUGAGACUGAUCCCUGAUGUCUUACAGAAGCUGAACGCUGUAUUCACGCGGGCUCAGACCUGGCUUAGGCGGGAUAUUCUGUACGUCCAGAACACAAAGGCCGCCCUGCACAGGGCCAGCAAGAAGUGUGUCCAGAUGAAAAGGAGGUACGAUCUGGCCAAGGAAGCGUUCGCUCAACUGCAGAGGGAGGCGACAGAAACCGAAAAGUCCAUCAGAAGUCACGAGGAGAGACUAGCGCACAUCAAGGAGGAGAUCCAGAGGUUCAGGAAAGAGCGAGAGAAAGUAAGAGAGUCGAAAACGCAGCUGGAAGAAAAGCUGCAAGACUCUUCUAACUUGAUCGACGUCUCCUUAGACGUCUUGAAAGUGAGGGUGAAAGCCUUGAGAAAGCGCCUGCUCGUCUUGGGCACCAAGAUCGAGUCCCGCGAACGGACCUACGGGCACAUCAAGGAAAAACUCAAGGCGCUGAAAAUCGAGCACAAAAUCAUCCAGGACAGAAUCAAGAAUUCUGAGAAGUAUCUGGAAGAGAUGGAGGAAAAACUCAAGGCGUUGUUGAAGACGAAACACGCCUGGGAACAAAGACACGCCUUCAAGACGGACCCCGAACAUCUCAGGGCCAAACAAGAAGCCAAGACGGUCCGGAUCCCUCUCAAGGCCGUCCGGGUGAAGACGUUUGUCACCAAGACGCGCCAACAAACCCUCCAGCGGGCCUUGGCUCUGGUGGAGGAGAUCUACGACGGGAAGCAGUGGAAGAGACUGGCCACCCGCCUGACGUGGCCGGACGGCGCGCACAUCACGGCCGAGGACAUGGCCGCCAUCCAAGCCCGUUGCCCGGACGACAUUCCCGCGCAGGCGCAGAAGAUGCUGAUGCUGUGGAGGGCUCGCUGCGGCAAGAUGGCGUCCACAGAAUCCCUCAUGCUCGCCCUCAAGUCCAGCGACCAGACGGACGUGGCCGAAAGGAUCGAAAAACUUCUAGAUCAACAGUAGUGAAAUUUUAAAACACCAGACCAAAUCAAGAUGUAGAGCAAGCAAGCAUCGAGUUAUGAGGAUCAACCAGCAAGUUUUGUAGGAGCAUAGUUUUUUUAGGAAAGAAGCCAUCUUGAAAUUCUGAACGAUUUGACCCCCAGAAAAGCCGUUCUAGAAAGCUAAAGCCAUGAUGAUUUAUAAGCAUUUUUAAGGAGAAAACAGUGAGUUUACCAUUUUGGAAUUGAAGUGUCGAUUUUGCUAGGAAAAUUUAGAGACCUUACCAUGUGGAAUUCAAGCCCAGGGCCUGCUAUAUGUAAUCUCCAAGUAGAUAGAGGGAUCAUCUUUUUUUGCCGCAUCUUUUGUGUCUUGCAUGGAGAAGGUGAGGAGAGGAAACCCUCACCACUAGAAAAUGUCACAAAAAUAUGUGUAAAACAUGCAGGUCCCUACAUCUGCUUGGUGGCCAUCCUAUUGUGUCAUACCGCGACACUAACUUGCCAAAAUCUUUAUUAGCCAGCUUUUGAACAAGCCAUAACGUUAACACAAAACGUGCCACAUCUGCAUACACUGCCUCUUCGAAUUCUCGCGAGUACACGCGAGAUAUCUGAAAGUUUGGCCGAGACUUUUGCGUUACUUGGUUCGAUACCAUAUGUAACCUGUAAACGGGCUAGAAGUCAAGACGUGUCGCUCUGGAAUUCUAAACGUGUAGAAAUCACAACACUAGCGGUACACUCGCACUUAACUCUGUACAAC